AGCUGGGCCCCACGCGGCAGUGACACGCAACGGACGUGGCCGCCUCCUAUAUAGGCGGAGGAGACAUCGCCCGCAGAAUUGCAGAGCACCAAUCAAUCCUUCCUCCCAGCCAAGAUCUUUCUUCCUCCUCCUCGUCUUCAGGACUCAAUUCGUCUUCUGAUAGCUUAGCUUGAUUGGGGUGGGUGACAAUGGGAGGUGGCAAGGACAAGCAUGACGAGAGCGACAAGGGGCUCUUCUCUAACAUGAUGCACGGCGUUGCCGGCGGCCAUGGGUAUCCUCCUCACCAGGGAUACCCUCCUCAGGGCUACCCGCCGCCGCCGGGAGCGUACCCGCCUCCUCCGGGGGCUUAUCCCCCUCCUCCUGGGGCUUACCCUCCACCACCUGGGGCAUACCCUCCACAGCAUGGGUACCCUCAGCCUGGUGGCUACCCUCCACCUGGUGGUUACCCCCAACAUGGUGGCUACCCUCCUGCGGGCUACCCCGGAUCAUCUGGGCACCAGGGCGGCCAUGGGAGUAGCGGUGGAGGACACAUGGGAGCAAUGCUGGCUGGAGGCGCCGCUGCGGCUGCUGCAGCCUAUGGGGCACACAAGAUCUCUUCUCAUGGCCAUGGUGGACACAUGGGCUAUGGAGGCCAUGGAGGCUUUGGUGGUUACGGCCAUGGCUACGGCGGUCACCACGGCGGCAAGUUCAAGCAUGGCAAGCACGGCCACCAUGGCAAGUUCAAGCAUGGCAAGCAUGGGCACGGCAUGUUCGGUGGUGGCAAGUUCAAGAAGUGGAAGUAAUGCGCAUGAUCUGAUCAUGCUGGAACUCUGUUUAGGCUUUAACUGAAGUGCUUGCGCUUGGCUGGUUAAAAGCCUAAAAAAAGCCUCUCGAAUGUAUCUAAGCAGGAUGGAGCUUUGCUCAGUUGCUGCUCCCAUCCUUCCUCUAUGAUUUGGUACUCUAGUAUGUGGCUCAGUGACAAUAUGGCUUGCUAAUAAUUAAUUAAAUACCUUCUGACGCUUAUGCACAUCUGUGUUCUAAUGUUCUAUAGCCUGAUAGAUAUGAUGUGUUGAAACCUUC